CGUCUAACGACAUUGUUCUCUAAAAAACUAUGACUACAGUUAGUCUUUGUUUUCUGCUGGUGAUUUCUGCAUUGCCCGCAUUUUGUGAUAAUGGUGGAGUAUUUCAUAAAAUAAAAGAGGGAUUGCGUAGUGCAAAAAAUUAUUUAAAAACUGUAAAGGACAUUGCGAAUUUGGUGUCGGAAAGUUUGAAUCGAAAAGAAAGUCAAAGGCGAGGUGACAAUGGUGAAUUUAAUGAAGACAAAGAAAAGCCAAAAGAAUCUUUAGGUCCUGCUCCUUUUGUCUCCGCAUUUUUUCGCCUCUUAGGAUUGGAUUCGCAAAAAAUAACAGCCAUCACAGUUAACAGUGUUAUUUUUCUCGCCCAAAUGAUAGGAUCAUUAUUUGAUCUCACACCACGAAUUGAUGCUUCAAAUUCUAAUGAGAAUAAUGAUUUACCUGAUCCCUACAAAUUAAUUAUGGAAAAUGAGAGUCAAAAGAUUCAAAAUUUAGUGCAAAGAGCAAAAGAUUCAACUCUUCCAGAACAAUUAAUAGACGACAUUGAAGGUUUAGACACAUCUUGCGUCAGGCUAUUAAUUUGCAAAACAAGUCCAGUGAUUCGCGCUGCACAACUUUCAUUACAAAAAAAAUAUUCAAAUCCAUUUCAUCAAAUUACUUCUUGGCUACCGAGUUUGAAAGAAUUUGAGGACAAUUCCGAAAUUUGUGAGCAAAAUCACACUGACUGUUUACUAUUUUCACAAUAA